AUGCAUUGCAUAACCGACAGGAUAUGGCGACGAUAUGGCCUUUUUGAUAAGUAUCCUCCUGUUCUCACUGGAGCAUCUCUCCUGUACUCUCCCAUCUGUCUAGGACCUAAUACCGAGGUUCAUAUGAACAACAACGAAAUUGUUGUCUUGUCUGAGGAGAGUUUCCGCCCAAUAUUGGACAUCCUUUCUACAGGAGAUGGAGUCCUCAAUAUACCAGGCAAUCCUAUCCGAUGCGAUUGUGACAUAGCAUGGCUGGUUCUCAAUCAGAAAUUUCUUACGAGUAUUUCUGGGAAGUGCCACAAUGGAACCGAAUUCAAGGAUUUGGAUCUGUUUGCUAUGAAAGACUGUGGUCGUCAAUCGAACGUUUCAGAAUCCGCAACUCAAGAUUGUGGUUGGCCGGACUACGAUGGGGAGGGAAGUGAAGUCGACGGUCGGGAUUUCUCGAUGAGGAAGAAAUUUGGCAACGAGGGAGGCUCUCCUUUUCCUGCAGAAUUUGAGGGAGGCGAAGGCUGCCUCCCAGGAGGAGCAACUGGAACUGGGGAUGAGACGCAGAGCACGCUUCUCAAUUAG